AUGGAUUCUUCCAAGCAGUCAACUCGAGUCCUUGACAGGAAAGGAUAUUCUGCAGUGAACAAGUUUGAGUUGAUGUGCCUCGAGAACCAAGCUAAAGACAAUGGUCCUGAUGAGGAGAGAACAAGGCUAUCCUUCCAGGUCCUGGAUGACCUCAUUCCAAAGCUUGGCGUUUACUCUCGUAUCUUUGCCAAGGUCAAGGAUGACCUGUUUGCAUCAGUAUACAGUGAAAAUUUGACAACUACCAAGGAUGGAAGUAUCACCCAGAUACCAUACUACACUCAAGUCCGACGUAUUUAUGAUGAACAUGAUGACAAAUUGGACAUUGUCACGGAACAGUUGGAUAUUGUUAAACAAAGGUUGUUUGAGAAGCACAAACAACUGGAGGAAAGCCAGCAGAAAGGAGCCGCACUAGAGGAACGCAUUGAAGAACUAAACCAAAGACUAGUCAUGGUGGACAGCAUGCUUACUGAUAAAACAUCGGAGAUUGUCAAAUUAGAAGAGGAACUUGCUGAGGAAUUGGAAAAGAGCUCACAGCUGCAGUCGCGGUUAGAAGGUGAUAUAGAGGAUCUCAGGGAAUCUUUAGAUGAGGCACACGCAGAUAUAGAGUACCUAUCCAGAUACAAAAAAGGCUAUGAUGAUCUGUACAAUGCAUUCCUUGAUCAACCUGAAAUGGAUGAGUUACCCAAAAAGAACCUUCGACCUGUUAUAUCAACCAGAAGAGCUAACCUGAUGACCAACAUAGAAGCUGCCCAGCGACUGGAAGAACAAAUUAUGAGUGUGAUGAACACUGCUGUAGAAGAAUUUGACAAGUUCCUGGAGGAACAUAAGGAAGAGCUCCAGAAGAUUGAGAUUCGUGAUGAUCUCACCAAUGCAGAGUUUGAGGUCCAAGAGAUGGAUAUUGAACAGGCUGACCAGGAGCUGGAGGCGAUGCAAGAGAGGUUCAGAAAUACAGUGGGGGACAUUAGUAAUGAGCUGCAGCUCCUCAAACAACAUGGCACCAUGUUGAUGGAACAGUUGCAGACUCUGGAGCAGAACAAACCCACCCUCGUAAAGAGAAACAGAGAGAGAUCCAAAUUUUCAGACACAAAUGUCCAGCCUGGUUUGGGAAAAUCUGACUCCAUUUUGUCUGUUGGUCUCCAAAAUGCGGAGGCUGAUGAGGAAGGGGAUGCUGACCCUUUUAUUCCUCAGGAGAGAGUCUUUGCCAAGUAUGCUGCCAUGCUUUACACAUCUAACAACAUGGCCAAGUCAUUUGAGGAGUUUAAGGAUGCCAAGUUCUGCUCCAGCUGUGGAGAAAAGACUGUGAUUUGCCCUCACAAAUUGCCUGGGAUUGACAAAGUCAUAGUCCUCCCACACAACACGACCCACAUCAAGAUCACACGGCCAAAGGUUCGCAUUAACAAGGAACUUAUCGACGAGAUGAUGAAGCCUCGUAGCCCAGAGCUUUCCUUUGACAUGCCUUCCACUGCUGCAUCCUAUAGUCGUCCACGUAUGGACAGCAGUGUGAUGACCAUUCAGACUCCAGCCACCUCGAGAGAGAGUCCCAGUUUAGUGGGCAGUGAGGCGCACAUGGACAGUUUUACAGGGAGGCCUCAACACACGAUGCACCGAUUGUUUGACGACUACAAGGACAGGACUCAUUUGGAGAGGAGCAUUCCACGCCCACUUUCUCUGGAACGAACCUUGUCCCAGAUGGAGCAGUUUUGGGCAUAUAUGAUCUGGACAGAUGAGAAUGGUGAUGAGAAUGACCUUCACCACUCGACCUUGGACCAUGUCUACCUCUUCAUGAGGGAGAGAUAUAUCAUAGAAGACAUCAUGUUCCUUUGUGCACAUGAUUUCUUGGCUUCAGUGGCUGAGUCUGGUACUACACACAAAACAGUGCAGGUGUUUGGUCACAUCCUUGCUGGGAACCUGGAUGGUGCUGUGUUCCGCUAUGCAAUAUUGAUGUCAGACUUCAUUCAUGCAGUGGAAUGGAAGGAGGUGGAGGACUUUCGAGCGUUUGCCUCAGUUGUCUACCCAUUCUUAGGGGUAUGUAUCAGUUGUCUACCCAUUCUUAGGGAUCCAAAUGUGACAACAAAUGAAUUGAAUGUGAACAAAGUCUUAGUGAGAGAAAGGCCGCAUAGCUCUGGUUCAGAAAAGAAAAGCCAUGAGCUACAACUGGUUCAGACUGAUGAGCCACUCAUCACGAUGAUGUCAGUCAAGAAUCUGGCCACAAAUAUUGCAAGGAGGACUAGAAUUCGACAGGAGAGAGUGGAGAACCAACAGGAUCUGGAAUGGUACAAUUAG